AUGGGUCUUCUCCUAAAGUUAGACACUAGACCCUAUACACGAUAUGAAGCCGGAGCAACUGAUCCUAUACACGAUAUAAAGUCGAAGCAACUGGUUGAACAGAUCUCUAGCAAGCUUAAUAAAGACCAUGUUCAACCUCAAUAUGGUAGUAACGAUGAGGCUGUGAGAACAAGCCAACGGGAAAGGGUCGGACGGGAAGAACAAGAUUUUGGUUGCAAUGAGUUAAAGAGGAUGAACAAAGAAGAGAAUGUUCUAAUAUGGUGCCGACCAUAUACACAAUAUGACGCGGGAGCAAUUGAUCCUAUACACUAUAUGAAGUCGGAGCAACUGGUUGAACAGAUCUCUGGCAAGCUUAAUAAAGACCAUGUUCAAGCUCAAUAUGGUAGUAACGAUGAGGUUGUGAGAACAAGCCAACGGGAAAGGGUCGGACGGGAAGAACAGGAUUCUGGUUGCAAUGAGUUGAAGAGGAUGAACAAAGAAUAG